AUGGAACUGGAUAUCGCGGCCAGCCGCGCGGGAGGUGGUGCGGAGAGCAGUGGCGGGGGGCGGGGGAGUGGCGGAGGGGGAGAUCGGGUGGGGGAAGCUGCUGGGGGGGCCCGCGCUGGAGGUGGGCGUGCGGGUAUCCGGAAAGGGGCUUCCGCGAAGGAUCGUGGUGGUGCACGGGCCGAGAGGCGUGGGGAAGCGAAGCCUGCUGGAAGUACAGCCCCACCCCUCGAUACAGUCACACCCCCUCCUCAACCGCAGCUAUCUUCUCUUCGCCUGGACAUCGAGUCAGCUCUAGAAACCCUCGUGCUGUGUGCUAUUAGAGAGAGGCGCCUACAGUCACACGACCUGCUGCAGGCUUUGCAGCGGCGUGUGCAUGUGGUAACCGCACUAGAGACGCUUCUUUCAGGGGGGAUUGGGGGAUCUGGGGGGAGGAAUGGGGAGGAAAGGGGGAGGUGUGAGGGAAGGCAGGUGGAGGAGCUUUGGGAGGAGUCGUUGCAAUUGGUGCAGGGGAGGUUGCAGGGGCAACAGGCGCAGGAGGAACAGCAGCUGGCGCAGGAGAAGCAGCAGCAGGCGCAUUUACAAUCUGUGAGAGGAACCCUUUCAGGUGAGAGGAACCCUUUCAGCUAUUACUCUGAUCAGCUGUCUGCUGAUUUUGGCACGCAGGCUCUUUUCCACCCACACGAGCUCUUUGGUUGGCUUCCGGAGGAAGCUUCCGUGCACCUGGUUCCGUCCACCUUCACCCCACUUCAGUGGAGGGUGGUGGAAGCUGCGAUUGGCUCCAACCCGCGCCACCUGGCGGAGUUUCAUUCGCUGUGGGCUGGCUGGCGGGAAGAGGAGGACGAGUUUGAGCGCGUGGAUAGCUGCAUUGACCAUUACCUGGCCUACCUGCAUGCGACGGAGGUUGAACCAGCCAUGCAAGCAGCACUCACACACCUCGAGAGGUUCGGAGAGCAGCUAGCUUCGGGAGAACAGCCUCGGUGGGCGGCUAGGUUUGGCAGCCCCUGGGGCAAUGCGCCAGGAACGUGGGGCAGGCGGUGGGUGGAAUGGAGGGAGGGGAGAAGAGGAAGAGAUAGAGUGAAAUGGAUACCAGAGUUUGGUUAUGGGAUCAAUAAAGGGGAUGUGCAUGGGAGGCAGGAAGCAUUACAAAGAGACACGCAGGGAGAGAAGGAAUCAAGGUUUACCAAGGAGGGUGAAGUGCCAGAAGAGGUUUCUGCGAGGAGUGGGAAAGAGGAGGAGGAAGAGGAGGAGGGAUGGAUGGAGGAGGAGGAGAAAGGGGAGUAUCGACGGCAGCUGAGGGAGUGGGCGCGGUUUCAGAUGAUGGAUUUCGUUUAUGCACUGGCAACUGCCGAGUUCGGGGUGAAUUAUGGCAAAGACUCAGGGGAAGAAUUUAUGGAGGAUCCAGCAGCUGCUGCGCUUCUCAAGGUUGGGUUGUUGUACCAGCAACGGGAUCCCAUGUAUGUCCGACCAACAUCGGUUGCGUUUCAACGAUGUCUCACUCGCUGGCUUGUAAAUGAAUGGCUUCGACUUGGAAUGCGUGAAGUUUUUCCGGUUUGUGUGCUUGUUUCUUACCUUCAUCUGCAGGUGGAGCUGGUUCGGCUGAGGGAAGCCAACGUGCGACUUGAAGCGGAGGUGUCUCGCCUUCGAGACAAGUCGGACCGUCUGGAGGGGGAGAGGCGGCGGCUGUCAGCGCGGCUGGCGGCGGUUCACACGGCAAUGCAGCAGCUGGAGAGGGAAGCUGCUAUUCGGAGCCGGACGCGGGCAGAGGCCACUAUGGGAGCCCAGCAGAAGGGGUGGAACCGGUGGUUCAGUGGGGAUCCCAGUGCCAUGGAGCGAGUGUUAGAAACAGCAGAGGACGCCAGGGUGGAGAGGGCGGCUGCUGCUGCCACUGUGGAGAAACUCGUGGAGGAAAACGCUCGCCUGGUGCAACAGAUGAACGAGCAGAAGCUGCUGAUAGCGAAUCUGGUUACCACCAUGCGGACCACCACCAUCCCAGGAACCCCUGCUGGGCUUCCUUUCACAGGAAGAUCAGCAGCAGCUGCAUUGGCAGCACUGCCAGUUCGUGCCACGUCAGCAUCUGAGUACACCCUCACAGCUGACGUGGCAGGGUUGGGUUCAGUGGAUCAAGCAGCAUUGGCAGGGGGUGUGGGUGGUACCCAGGGAAGGGUCCCAGUUGCUCAAAUGAGCCAGAAUGUUCAGGACGAGUCCUCCAGGUCUCCAUCCCCGCGCCCAACCGCUCUGCACCCUUCUGCACCGUUUCCGGCUGCAACGAAUGGUGGUUCUUACACUGCCACAGAGCAAGCAUUCCCGGUUGCCAGAGAUGGUGGUUUCCAAACUGCCACUGGUACAGCAUCCGGUGCUGCCAGGGAGGAUUCUAGGGACAGUCACGGUACCUUUCUCACAGCAAAUGGCCCCUCUGCUUUCCUGCAAUCCGCACACUCGUCCUCCUCGUCCCUUGCUGCAGAUGCCUCCUUACUCCUGCCUGUAGUGCGCAGUGCUCCUCCUCCCUCUGCGGCUCUGUGUGCGCAGCAGCCUACCCCUACUCUGUCUGAAUCAUCCAGCCGGUAUCCUGCCAUCUGGCCCGUGACUUACACGCAUUGCACGGCAACCAUGAGAUUGUCGCGACUCGCUCUCGUCGCCGCGUUGUUGUGCACAGGCCACCUCUCCCUGGUGAAUCCGACCCUUGCGGCAUCCGCCAGCACGCCAAUGACUGAAGAGCUGGCUGAGCGGCUGAAGGUGUAUGCAGAGAGGCAGGCGCGGUGCAUCAACGGCGUGAAGGACUGGCCUGCUUUCCUCUCCAAUCCCACAAAAGGACUUAAAGACGGAGUGGAUGCAUCCUCCAUACAAGAAUGCACUUACCUCUAUCAUCUCGACCCUGCCUACAGUGGUCUGGGCAACCAGCUGCUCGCCCUCGUCUCCUCCUUCACCUACGCCCUUCUCACCAACCGCACGCUAAUCAUCAACCCACACGCGCAGGCAGCCCUCUUCCUCUGCGACCCCUUUGCAUUCACCCCCACCCCGUCUACUUGGAUGCCCAUGGACUCACCCACCUUUGCAGCUCAGCGCAAUGUAAUCACGAAGCAGUCUCCAAGCGUUCGCGUCCCCCUGCCCCACACCCCCCCUGCCCCAGACUCCCCCUGCCCCACACUCCCCCUGCCCCACACCCCCCCUGCCCCACACUCCCCCUGCCCCACACUCCGCCUGCCCCACACUCCGACUCCGACUGCUCCAUACUUCUCUCUCUCACGCCCCGCUGUUUCUCGCAUGGUGGAUGUGUGUCGGUGCUAUGCUGUGCCCGCUGCAUCAGAGGCAGACCUAGCGUUCUUCUGUCCGCAGCAUCAUCACCAGCACCACCAACACGGCUCCCUCUCCUCGGUUCGCAUCCUCGGUCUGCUAACAGACGCCUACUUACUCCCUGCUCUCUACCACGCGCCACACUUGCAAGCUGAGUUGGAGCUUUUAUUCCCCGACCGCCUGCCUUUGAUGCACGUGGGGCGCUACCUGCUGCACCCCGCCAACUACCUCUGGGAGGAAAUCACCCGCGCCUUCCGAGCCUACCUCGCCCCGCACCAACACAGGGUCGGGAUCCAGAUUCGUGAGUUUCAGAAGUACGUGCCAGCUGAUGAUGUGCUGCAGAGAGUGGUGGAUUGCAUGGUGAACGUGACUAAAGUGGUGGGCCCCAUAUUGUCACACGAGGACUGGGAGAAGCUGACGAAGCAGGCACCUCCCAGCAACGCCUCCCUCCUGAGCCAAGUACUGGGAGAGCAGGAGCUGGUUCAGGGGCAAGGGCAGCCGCAAGGGGAGAAGGACGAGAAGGAAAACGGGGAGCAUGUGAAAUCAGAGGAUGGCGACAAGAAGGAAGGCGAGAAGGGAGGCGAGAAUAAAGUUGAAGAGGGGAUGCAGAUGUUGGGAAGAGGGGAUGGGGGUGGUGGAGGGGCGGAGGUGGAGAGAUUAGGUGGUGGGGAGGUGAGGAGGAAGGGGGGGAGUGUGGGGGUGUUUGUGGCGUCGCUGCGGGCAGCGUAUGGGGAGAUGCUGAGGGAGAUGAGCACAGAGGGGCGGCCAGAGGGCGGGCAGGAGAUUGCUGUUAGCAUGCUGAGCCACGAGGGAGCACAGCAGCUGAGGGAGAAGAAACAGGCGGAGAGGGCGCUGAGGGAGAUGUGGCUGCUCUCCAUGUGUGACACACUUCUGAUCACGGACACAUCCACAUUCGGCUACAUAGCAGCAGGCCUGGCGGGCGUUCGCCCCUACUCUCUCAACAUCGUCGCUCGCUACCACAGCGACUGGCGCAAGAACAACCGAACCUCCUGCUCCCGAACCUCCCCCGAGCCUUGCUACUUGUCAAUAUUCGACGUCAAGUCGAGGCAUAUUCAGGUGAGGAUCUAG